UCCUUCGAUUUGUUUCUCUUUCCCUUCCGACUCAAGUUAUUUUCCUCGUUCAUCUCUUCUUCUUCUUCUUCUUCUCCACCAAAUUGUCUCGUUCGAGGAUUUCUAGUCAGCAUUUUACUCAUUUUUUUUUUACGAACAGACGGCCUGCCUCCAUGGGAAAGGGUAGGUCUCGGCGUAAACAAGCUACGUCAUCUGGCUUUCAGGACGAUGAGAGCGCAUUGGCUGACCCAUCGGAUCUUAAACUUGCUAAGCGGAUGGAAGGCGUCAGGCUUAAAGACGUGGAGCUUAAGAUGGACCACUUACUUGAUGAAUCCCUUGAAGCUCUGUUUGAGAAAAGGGCUUCUACAAGAGAGAAGGCUUACUCAUCAAUUAUUCAAGCAUUUACCAGAAGCUUUCAAUAUCAGUUUGCCCAGGAUAAUUUUGAUACCUUACUGCAAAAGUGUUUGAGUUCAAUCAAGCGCGGGUCUUCUAAAGAGAUAUCUCUAGCAUCACGAGCCAUGGGCUUGAUUUCUUUGACGAUUGGUAGUGGGACUUAUGCUCAAGAAAUACUCGGGGAAUCAAUCCUUAUUUUUUCAGAUGCUCUCAAAUCUCCCUCUCAUUCACCUAACCCAUCUGCUUUAGUGGAGUGUUUGGCUAUCAUCACUUUUGUUGGGGGAAAGGAACCAGCAGAUGCAAUGGCCUCGAUGAAAAUUAUGUGGCAAUUGGUUGAUACAAAACGAAGUUCCAAUGUAGUUGAAACUAAGCCUUCAGCUGAAUUGAUAGCGACGACGGUGUCUGCCUGCUCUUUUCUUUUUACAACUAUGGAUGAAUGGGGAUUCAAAUAUUGGCUGGAGUCAGUGUCUUGUUUCUCUGCCAUGCUAGAGAAGGAUGAUCGAUCUAUUCGCAUAGCUGCUGGUGAAGCAUUGGCUGUAAUAUUGGAGACAGGAAAUUUCGGAGAAAGUCUUACUGAUAGCCCAAUUCAUGAAGUGAAAAACUCUCUGCAAGGAAAUGCACACAUACAAAGCUUGUGGGAUAAAAUCUUAAAUAAAGUGAGAGACCUUUCAAAGGAGGCGGCUAAUAAUAAAGGUUCUAAUAAGAAAAAUCUUAAAAUCCAGCGGAAUCUAUUUCGAGAUUUAUUAGAUUUUCUUGAGCAUGGUUUUUGCCCUGAAACAUCCAUGUUGAUCGUUGAUGUUCCACUAAACACAACGACGUGGUCCGAAAUGAUACAGCUAAACUAUCUGAAGCAUUUCAUUGGAGAAGGAUUUUUGAAGCAUAUGCAGGAUAAUGAAUUUCUUCAUGAGAUCUUUGAUAUUGUUCCAAAAGGAAGGAUGCUAUCAGCAAAGGAUCGGGGUGAGUUCAGAAAGGAAAAGGAAAGCAAUGUUGGCUUGCCUUCGGGUAAAUGGAGAUCGAACGAUACUGAAGAAGCGGAUUGGUCUGAUGAUGAGGAGUCCGCUCAUUGGUGAUGAUGAUGUUGACAUUGUUGAAGAUACAGAAGAGGAGAGGAGGCUUGCAUUUCCAAAAGCUUCUUGUUUCUUUUUAGAUUUUAGUAUCAUUAUUAUCACAUCCCAAAUUAGAAAAUAAAGGGGGUGUGAUCUCUUUCAUUUUAAUUUUAUUAUUGUAUUUUUAGUGAGUGGGUUGUCAACACCCAAUUAUAUUUUAAUUUUUUAAAUGAUUUUUUUCCC